CUUGCAAGUCUCCGGCGAAGCCCAGACUUAUCGCAUACUAAUCCCCACAUUCACACUAUAAAUCUAUGAUUUGCCCACUCCCCAGAAACCCAAAUCUGCGAGCUAAUCAAUCAAUCAAUCCUUCUUCCUCCUUUUUCUUGAAUCUUUACAACAACUCGCAGAUUGCUGAGGAAUUUCACUCGAUUUGAUCUGAACAUGUUCUUCCAUUAAUGGCAAUAGAAGCAUAUGCUUGAUUUAGUUGGUACACAAAUGUGUAUGCUCCAUAUCUGAUGAGCAUUUAUUGUCUGCUCUGAGUCCUAUCAUUGAUUUCUUUCACUCCCUUUUUUGGCCUUGUUUGAAGAUUGAUAUGGGAGGGCAGAUUAGCAAAAAACCCGAUGAGGAAACUUCGGUACCUGCAAUAAACACUCUGCAGGACAAAACAGAGCUGAUGAAUUCAUAUGAAGCGGCGUGCAGGGAUGACACGGAUUUGCAGAAUUUUGAUCUGACCCUACAGGCUCGAACCAGUCAGGUGAUUAGUACCCUUGCGGCAGGGGUUGAGGUUAGGUCAUUAUCCUUUGAUUCCCUGAAGGAAGUCACAGAAUGUCUUUUGGACAUGAACCAAGAAGUUGUGAAAGUGAUCCUGCAAUGCAAGAAGGACAUAUGGAAGAAUCAAGAAUUGUUUGAACUGGUUGAGGAGUACUUUGAGAACAGCCUCAAAACCCUAGAUUUCUGUGUUUCCCUCGAGAAAUGCCUCAAGCGGGCCCGUGAUUCCCAGCUAUUGAUCCAAGUUGCCCUCCAGCAAUUCCAGGAAGAGAGUGAAGGGGAUAACAAAGACAACAAGUACACGAAAACUCUUGAGGAACUGCACAACUUCAGAGCUUUUGGGAAUCCAUUCACUGAAGAGUUUUUCCAGAUUUUCCAGUCUGUGUAUAUGCAUCAAGUCCUGAUGCUGGAGAAGUUGCAGUCGAAAAAGAACAAGCUUGAUAAGAAGCUAAAGUACAUCCAUGCAUGGAGAAAGGUGUCGAGCAUGAUCUUUGCCGCAGCGCUUGCAGCUGUUCUGAUCUGCUCCGUGGUGGCUGCCGCCAUAGCUGCACCUCCGGUGGCAGCUGCACUGGCGGCAGCCUCUUCCAUCCCCAUCGGCUCGAUGGGUAAAUGGAUCGACUCUUUCCUCAAGAACUACGAGGACAUCAUCAAAGGGCAGAAGGAGAUAAUAAACUCCAUGCAAGUGGGGAGCUAUGUCACCAUCAAGGACUUGGACACCAUUAGGGUUCUGAUCGACAGGCUGGAGAUUCAGAUCGAAUCGAUCUUAAACAACGUGGACAUCUCCAUUAACGAAGAGGCUGUGAAGAUCGGCGUUACAGAGAUCAAGAAGAAUCUGGACGUGUUCAUGAAGAACGUCGAAGAUUUAGGGGUGCAGGCUGAUGUUUGUAGCAGGGACAUAAGGAGGGCUAGAACUGUCAUAUUGCAAAGAAUCAUCAAACAACCCAACCAUUAGAAGGAUCAUCUCAUUCACAUGAUUUGAUUUCUCAUAUAGUACAGAUAGAGUGCUGCAAUUGUUUUUUCCUCAUCAUCUUUUUAUUGUAACAUGUAUGUGUCAUGACUCAUGACAAUUUCUCUUCUUAACAUUAUGAAAUAAGGAUAUUGUAUUUAU